UCAAACUUAGCAAUCUCUCCAUCACCAAACAAAUUAUAGAAACGCACAGAAAAAUCUCUCACCAUUCAUAAUACCAAAAGCGAAACAACACCUUUAGAGCUUCAUCACCAAAAAGUUACCAUGUCCAUGUCGAUGAUCCAAAGCGAUCAAAUAAGGCAAUUGAACGACAUUUUCAACCGCUUUGACAUGGACUCGGACGGAAGCCUCACCCACUUGGAGUUGGCGGCGUUGCUCCGGUCCCUCGGCAUCAAGCCAACAGGGGACGAAAUCUAUGCUCUAUUCUCCAACAUGGACCACAACGGCAAUGGAUACGUUGAAUUCGAUGAGCUUGUGCAAGCAAUUAUGCCUGAUAUCAAUGAGAACGUCCUCGUCAACCAAGAACAGCUCUUGGAGGUGUUUGAAUCUUUCGACCGCGACGGCAAUGGCUACAUCACCGCCUCCGAGCUUGCCGGUUCAAUGGCCAAGAUGGGUCACCCCCUCACGUUCAAGGAGCUCUCCUCUAUGAUGGCUGAAGCAGAUACCAACGGCGACGGCGUUAUUAGCUUCAAUGAGUUUGCCACUCUCAUGGCCAAAUCUGCCGCUGAUUUUCUCGGCCUAAAGGUUGCAUAGAUCAAACUGAAUUCGAAUCGUCCACAUUCUGUGCUGUUUUUCGUUAUUUUAGGGUUUUAAUGUUAAGUAAGGAAGGAGAAGAAAGAGAAAUAGUUGUUGAACCGUGAAAGGAUAUGACUAUUUAUUUUCUCUUUGGGUUGAAAGAUUGACCGACGGUAGUUUGCUGUAAUUUGUUAACCAUAAUCCCUUUUGGUGAAUGUAGAUGUCAUUGGUAUUUUGCUAAUUAUUUCAAG